AUGGCUUGUGCUGCUGAACCAAUGACCGAAGAAGUUUCCUCCUUGGAAGAGGAAACUGAAGCGGUUAGGUUCGACGCGAAUGAGUUCUUCAGCCAGAUGAACCGACUGAUGCGGAAAGGUCUACAUGAAGCAGCAGUCAGACUUCAAAGGACGCUGGUGUUUUUUUUUGUUGUUGUUGUUGUUGUUGUUGGUGACAUGUUUGCCCCUGUUGGUAGGUUGAUGUUUGGGCGACACCUGCCUGACAUUAAAGUACGGCCCGCCGACGGUGAGACCACCGAGGCCCGAUGGGAGCCCCACAAAAAGCGCGGUUUUGCUAAGUGUAGUAAGAGUUGGCAAAUCAUCCUUGACUCUGAUGUGAUUAGAGACGGAUACGGAGAGGGAGAGAGAGAGACAGAGUGGGUACCAACCACA